GCUGUUUGGAUGAGACUUUACUAAAGGCUAAGGGGCAAUAAAAGGGAAAGAGGGAGUGUCAUGGGUUUGGAACCAGGCUUCCUCGUCUUCACUCAGUUUAUUCCCCUUCAUCUCAGCUCUGCUCUCCUCCAUCACAGUAGAUGCCAUCUCUAACCCUCACCACCCAUGCCCAGAGCACCACGGUGGACAUUUGUCCUUUGCCAUUCUGAGUCUAAGAGAAGGCCUACCUAGAACUCUUCUAACUUUUCUGACCUUGGAGAUGUCUGCCCACCAGGCAUGACUCUACUCCCUCCGUAGCCAUGAGCUCAGCGGCAUAGGUCUGUCUCAGCUUAACACCAUUUGUAUAAAUAAAAAACACAAAAGCGUGUUUCUCUAGUCUUUGUUCUUGAUCAGCUUUUCCCCGUACAUUUUGUUUUUCAGGAGCUAAUCCAUUUCCAUGGCUUCAAUUGCCACUUUUCUGCUGGUGAAUUGUAAAAAUGUAUUUCUAGCCCAAGUUUCUCUUUUUAGUUCUAGCUCUAAAUAUCCGGCUGCAUAUUGAACACCAUCUUAAUGUCUCCCAGGGACAUAUUUACAACUGGACACAUCAUUUUCCCUCUCAAAAUCAGCCCUUAUCCUCUGUUCUGCAUUAUACUGAAAGUCACCCCCAUCUACCCAAUUGUCUAUGCAGGAGUCUGGGGAUGAUCCUAAUUGCCUUUUCCCCUUCAUGACCGUUAUUCAAUUAAGGAGGUUCUCUAAAUUCUUUCUUCUGAAUGUCUCUCAAAUAUACCUCAUGCCCACUGUCCUUGUGACAACUACCUCAGUGUUAACAGAUAUUGUAACAUUUGUGGAAUGCUUAAAAUAAUGCCAUAAAGGGUACUAAACUAAAGGUGUAUUAUAUGAAUCGAUCUUCAGAAUAACCUAAGAGUUUGAGACCAUUAUUAUCCAUAUUUUGCAGAUGAAGGAAGGAGAAUUAGUUUGCUUGUAGUGCCAAGUAAUACAGUUUCUAUAAAGCAGAGGGAGCAUCUAAAUGCUUGUCUUUCUGAUCCUGAGCCCAUGCUCUGAUCUUCAUUAAAAGCCACCAUCAUUCCUUCCACGCCAGUUAGACUGUCUUCUUGUUCAUGGUUUUGUGUCUCUGUGGUCUAUUCCAAACUGCCACAAAAUUCUUUUUUGGGCUAGAUAGUGGAGAUCUUUGUCUUAAGUUGCUUCAGCCGCACCUUUGCUGAUGGCUUUUGGACCUUUUUUGGUGUUUCACUCUAUACAGCGUCCUUGCUUUACACCAUCUUGUUGGUCUCUCUCCCUUCCCCUCCCUUCCCUCAGCCCUUCCCUCGUGGCUCCCUGGAACUCCAGAUGCUUCCCUGGAACCAAAACCACAGGUGUGUUUUUUAUUGACAUGUAUAAUGUUGGGAACCGUCAGUUAAAUAACAGAAGACUUUGUUUUAAAACUGAGUGGGUGUUCCCCCUGUAUUGAAUCUAAUCAUCUAAUACCAAAGGGCUCAUAUUCCUGAACGGAAACUCCUAGGCUGAAGCUGAUUGGUGCUUGCACCCUUUCUGUGGGCAUGGACUUCCCAACUUAUCAUAUUCCCCAACGCUCGCUAUCCUUUUAUAUCAGCACCACUUCAUUCUUGUUAUUCAUCCUUUUCCAAUCCAGAGCAGGACAUUCUCAGAUUCAGCUCAAGGACAGCUUGAUUGUCCAAAUUCAUGACAGCAUGCCGAAGCAGUAUAUAUUUAAUAUAAAAGCAGACACAAUUUAGAAUGUAGUUAGGUAUAUAAAUAGUCACCUUUUCUCUCAUUAGACAGGAUUAGACUUCUGAAGAUUUUUAUCAAAGCCCUUCAAUAUCUGGAACUUACUUUUGCAGCCACAUCUCUUCUUUUUCACCCUGUGUUCCCUAAUUUACCUACUUAACUCGCAAUUGCAUUUGUUUUUAUAUUUGAUUUCCCCCCUCAGUUAGGACUCUUUAUAGUCUAGGGUGACCAACCAUCCUGGUUUCAGCAAUGAAAGUCCUGAGUCUUAGGAAACCCUUUCAGCUCCUAUCAAAGUAUUUGGCACAUAGUAGGUAGGUACUCAAAUGUUUGUUGACAGUGAAAAAUCAUAAUUGAGAUGAUAGGGCAGAAUUUUCCUGUGUCCACUCUCCUUUUGGUGGCUACUCUCCCCGUGGAAACUUUCAGUCUCUUACAGUUUCUGAUAUUUAAGCUCGUAGGUCCAUUGAUCCUGAAGCUUCUUGGUCCUGGUAAUUCUUUAUUUUCACGUUUGUGAGAUACCACCUGUAUAAGCAGCCCUGGGAUAACAGAACGAUGUAAUUUGCCUUAACCCCUCUAGUGAUUAGAACCAAUGAUCUUUGAUUAACAAUCUUUGUCUAUGAACCUAGAGAAUGUGUGUCUAUAGGAAUUUUGUUUGCAUAUAGUUGUGGUUCUUGAACAUAUGUAAAUGGACUCUGGGAGACCCAUUUGUAAUAUCGCUGAGCCCUGAGCCCACUGAUGCUGUGAACCAGACAGCUGAUUAUACUGUGGUUUGCUAAUAACAAUUCUAAGACCACCACAAACCAGUUACCGGAGGGAAGUAACUUUCAUCAUUACCCACACAGUUUGGGUUUGAUUUCUUAUGUGUAGUUCUUGGAAGUGCCUAGUGCCACCUAAUUAUUUUGUUUUCAAGAAUACUAAUCUGUCUUCCUAGGGUGCUUUAUUCAUUUCUAUUAAAAAACAUACUUGAAAGACUACACAGUAUUUUGCUAUGUUCUUGGAAAGAUACAGAGAAGUAUAAGACAACACUCCAGCCCACAAGGGCCUUAUUAUUUUUUCCUUCCUCAGAAAUUCGUACAAAGUAUAUGAGAAUAUGAUCUUGUUAUUCAGCCUUGAAGAUCUCAAUCUGGUGUGGCUAUGUAAGGGUGGGAACAUUUUCUUAAUGAAAGUUUGUAGAGUAUUGGUUUCAGCCACUUUCUGCUGUGAGUAGGUUGCAUAAUCUAGGCAGCUGCCAAAGAAUUCUGUAUUUGUAUUUAGGAACAUGAAAAGUAGUACCAGCCCAUCUAUAUAACAAAACAUGAAAUGAAGAGUUGGUGGUAAAAACUGGGCCAAUAAAGAGACCAAAGUGGCAGUCUUGACAAGCUGGCAAGACUGGAUUAGUACAGACAUAUGGCGUUAUAGGAGUUGGCGCUUUAAGAAAUCAAGUCCUGCUAAUCACUCUUUCUCUGGAGACGAUCGCAAGGAAACUAUAUACACAGGGUUGGCCUUUGCUAUUCUCUCAUCUGUGCACCCCGUGUUCGGUUUAUAUGGGUCUCUGUUUCCUGCCAUCAUUUACGCCAUAUUUGGAAUGGGACGUCAUGUUGCCACAGGCACCUUCGCCUUGACAUCCUUAAUAUCAGCCAAUGCAGUGGAACGGCUUGUCCCUCUGAGCAGCCAGAACCUCACCACGCAGAGUAACACAAGCAUAGUGGGUUUAUCUGACUUUGAGAUGCAAAGGAUUGGUGUUGCUGCAGCCGUUUCCUUCUUGGGAGGUGUGAUUCAGGUGGCCAUGUUUGUGCUACAGCUGGGCAGUGCCACAUUCCUGCUUACGGAGCCUGUGAUCAGUGCCAUGACAACUGGAGCUGCCACCCACGUCGUGACUUCACAAGUCAAGUAUCUCUUGGGAAUGAAAAUGCCAUAUAUCUCUGGACCACUUGGAUUCUUUUACAUCUAUGCAUAUGUCUUUGAGAACAUCAAGUCUGUCCGACUGGAAGCACUGCUGUUAUCCUUGCUGAGCAUCGUGGUGCUUGUUCUGGUUAAAGAGCUGAAUGAACAGUUUAAAAGGAAAAUUAAAGUUGUUCUUCCUGUCGAUUUAGUUUUGAUUAUUGCUGCAUCAUUUGCUUGUUAUUGUACCAAUAUGGAAAUCACAUAUGGAUUAGAAGUAGUUGGUCAUAUUCCAAAAGGAAUCCCUCCACCUAGAGCUCCCCCAAUGAAUGUCCUCUCUGCAGUAAUCACUGAAGCUUUUGGAGUGGCACUUGUCGGCUACGUGGCCUCCCUGGCUCUUGCUCAAGGAUCUGCCAAAAAAUACAAAUAUUCAGUUGAUGACAACCAGGAAUUUUUGGCCCACGGCCUCAGCAACGUGAUUCCUUCAUUUUUCUUCUGCAUACCAAGCGCCGCUGCCAUGGGAAGGACGGCUGGCCUGUACAGCACAGGGGCAAAGACGCAGGUGGCUUGUUUAAUAUCUUGCGUUCUUGUCCUGAUAGUCAUCUAUGCCAUAGGACCUUUGCUUUACUGGCUGCCCAUGUGUGUUCUCGCAAGUAUUAUUGUCGUGGGAUUGAAGGGAAUGCUAAUACAGUUUCGGGACUUAAAAAAAUACUGGAAUGUGGAUAAAAUUGAUUGGGGCAUCUGGGUCAGUACAUACGUAUUUACAAUAUGCUUUGCUGCCAACGUGGGGCUGUUGUUUGGUGUGGUCUGCACCAUAGCUAUCGUGAUUGGUCGCUUCCCAAGAGCAAAGACUCUGAGUAUAAAAAACAUGAAAGAAAUGGAAUUUAAAGUGAAGACAGAAACGGAUGGUGAAACUCUUCAGCAGGUGAAAAUUAUCUCAAUAAACAACCCACUUGUUUUCCUGAAUGCAAAGAAGUUUCAUGCUGAUCUAAUGAAUAUAAUCCAAAAGGAAAAUGCCAACAACCAGCUACUGGAUGAUAUCAGCAAGUGUGAACAAAACACGUUGCUCAAUUCUCUAUCCAAUGGCAACUGCAAUGAAGAAGCUUCACAGCCAUGCCCCAGUGAGAAAUGCUUUUUAAUCCUGGAUUGCAGUGGAGUAACCUUUUUUGACUAUUCUGGAGUCUCCAUGCUUGUUGAGGUUUACAUGGACUGUAAGAACAGGAGUGUGGAAAUAUCAUUAGCCCAUUGCACAGCUUCCUUGAUAAAAGCAAUGAAGUACUGUGGAAACCCAGACUCAGAGAAUCCAGUUUCUUUUGAAUCAGUAUCUGCCGCUUUAAGUAACAUCUAUUCAAAUAAGAAUUUGAGCAAAUUCAGCGAUCACAGUGAAGUCUGAUCACAGUGAAGUCUGAGACCCUGUUGCUACAGUACAGCUCUUGUCUUUAGCAACUGCCCUGAAGAGGCCAUACUCUGACAUUUUGCACACCCUUUUUUGUUGCUGAGAUCCUACAGAUGACCUCUACUAUAAGUACGAUGUGACUUAAUAACCGCAUAGCCACUGGUCAAGAUUCACCAGGAAAUUUCCUUAAUCUUUGUUAGUAAGUAGGUUAUCGUAUAGUUAUUUUGUAAAAAUUGGUAUGCAUUUAGUUUUUUCUGUACUGAGAGGCAAAUACGAAUUUAUUUCCUUUGCCACAGUAUUUUGUGUUGUUUUAUGUCUGUUUUGUUGUAAGUUAACUUGUAAAACUGAGAAAUACUUUGUCAUAAGAGAUUUAGAGCAUUUGCAAGCCAUUUGUAAAAACCCAGCAUCAUCUGUAACUAAUACAUAAAAACAACUUAGCUAAUGUGCCAUUUUCCCCUCCAAAAACAUAAAAAGGCCAUUAAACAUCAGUAAGAUUAAAUGUUUCUUUAUACAAUAUGAUAUGAAAUUCACAGAGAUGAAGUCAAACAAAAACAAAUGACAAACUAGAAUCCGUUGUUUUCCAUAUCUUUCCAUGAAAGGAAGUCUUCAGCAUUAUUUUCAAGAUAACUCGUAUCCCAGUGACCAAGUUCUCGAAAUUAGUCCGUUUUACUACGAAUAUUGGAAAUGCUUAGCCCAAAUUUCUUCAUUCCAACCCCAGAAAGUCUCUGUUUUACCUUAGGUUUUGUUGGAGCCAGAGCAUAUGGAAGUUGCAUAUUUUAUACUUUUUCACAAAUAUGAUUUUUAGAUGAGAAAAUAAAUACCACCAGUAGAAUAGCUUUGUCCUAUUCUAAUACAAUUAACUGUAGUAAUUUGGGACUUUCCUGUUUCAGAGAUACAAUCAAUAUAAUACAUUUAUCUCCUUCUGUCCAGAUAGAUAGAUAGAUAGAGAGGUCUCCAUAGGAUGUUUUUCUUUUGUUAGAGUAGGACUUGGAUAUGUGAUUAUCUGUAAAUCUACCAAAUCAGCAGGGUAAUUGACAAACACCACAGGCCAGGGUGACCUGAAUAAAUUAUCAUUUUCAUGCUUGUAUAUAUAUUUGCAAUCACAUACAAUUAUAGAGGUUCAUAUUUUUAUCAGGUGAUUUGAUACACUUAUGAAGAAACUCAUUUCCGAAAAUAGGUCUAGGUAUAUAAUUAUGCUUACAUUUGAAAGUGUGGUAACUGUUCUUGAAAUUACCAGUGUAACAAAGAGGCAGGCACUUUAAAGUGCAUUCGAAAAGUAGGGUGAAAACAAAAUUUAAAGACUGGCCAUUUGGGUAUUUUUGUGGGCAUCUGUAUGAAACUUCGACUCCCUGCCAAGUGAUGUAAUGGUCCCUAACAAAUGUGUGGUAAACGUUCACAUGGCCCUUAAUUUUCACAUUAAAUCAUAGGUAGCACAAUGCGUUAAAAUGAAAGGGAAUAAUAAAUGUUGUGAAUCUCAUAACUUACCCUACCAUUUCAAUUUCAGUUUUUUUGGUUGACAUGAACUAAAAAGAAAAGUCUUUGUCCCAAAGGAAGCCUCAAUCUUUUCAUCACUAAUUUGGAUCAAAAUGAGUGAGGCCAACCUUCAUUCUCAUCAAAUAUGGUUCCAAGAAAAAGAGGGGGUAAGAAUUAGAAGGAAAAUGUCCUUAGAGAAAGGAAUUUCACUCUGUUUUGUCCAUUUAAAUUAUCCCAAUGGUGGAUGGUGGCAGCUUUUAGCAUCCGAAAUCCAUUGGUGUUGGCAUGUAAACAUAAGUCAAGGAAAGUUAAGAAAAGAAAAAAUAUUUUUGCUGUGUCUGAAUCAAUAUUUUGCUCUGUAGCUUUGGCCUAUAAUUAAAUUCAUGCACUGCAGGAAUUUUAUAAUUUGUUAGAGAUUAUGGACCAUGGAUGCCCUUCAAAUCAUUAUGGUUAAUCAAUGGGUGGUUUGUUCUAUUUUAUUGUUAAAGCUGACGCAAUACUGUCUGGGCAGGUGUAUUUGAAUGCAUUUCUAUGUUUAUACUAGAAGUUUAAUAGAUAAAACUUUAAAGCCAAUAACUUGAGUGUCAAAUGCUAAUAUUAUUUUUAAAGUAAAGGAAGACCAAACCAUACACCCUGUAAAGCUCUUUGUUCUAAGUCUUCUUCUGCAUCCCAAGGUCGCAAUGACCAUUAACAUGGAAGAAUUCCUUGCAAUUGAGUUCUGAGAGCCCAAAGUUGACUUUUAGUUUUAUACACACAAGAUUCUAAAAUAUACAUAUUUAUUUCAAAGCAAGCAUUAACAAAGGAACUAUAAAAUUAUCUUGAUGCUAGAAUGUUUCUAGUUGUGCUAAAUUAUUUUUAUGAGAUCACCUUAUUUUUAUAUAUGAUAAACUACUUCCAUAUUACUUAUUCUGGUAAAAUAAAAUUCAAAAAAAUUAAAACUGACCUAUAAGAGUGUUAAGGACCCAAUAGAGUGACAUAUAUAAAUUAAGCAUAAAAUAUGAAACCAGGAAAAGACCGUUAACAUUACAUUUAUGCAAAUUAAAUGCCCUUAAAUUUUACCAUUUAUCUUUCAUUUUAAAGGUUAUUUGCCCCCGAUUAUAUGAUUCAAGUGUUAUAAGGUCUAGCUUGAACUACUUUGCAAUAAUUUAUUUGACAGCUCUCUAUUCUAUAAAUGCGUAAUGUAAUGAGGAAAGAGAUCUUUCUUUUUUAAUGAAAACAUUAAUGUGUUAAUACCCUGUAUGGAUAAUGUUUGACAUUUAGUGGUUACCAAAAUAUAUUAGUAUGUUGUUGAACAUACAUAUGCCUUAGAAAUGCACGUUCUGUAUUCUGUGGGAGUUUGUUGCCAGAUUUCAAAUGAGUUCAGUGGUGCCUUCAUAAUCCAAAGAUUUUUAGUUAAAAAUCAUGUAGUCUAAUAUGCUGCACUUAUUUUUCUAUAUUUUUCAAUGCAUUUAAUCAUCUCUUUUAUAAUUCUUUGUACUAACUCAGCAUGUAACAACCAAUUUACAUGGAAAUAAAUUGAAAUAUGAUAACUAUUA